UCCUCAUUUGAAGUCAGCAGCGGUUGCUAGCGUAAAAUAUUGUACCGCUACAUUCUAAGCUAUAUAUAGUAUUCGUGUUAUUCUUAUAUUUCGCACUUUCUCUGGCAAGAAAACAACCCUUGUCAACAUGCAUGUGAUAAAGCGAGAUGGGCGCCAAGAGCGUGUCAUGUUUGACAAGAUCACCUCCCGCAUCCAGAAGCUGUGCUAUGGACUCAACUCUGACUUUGUCGAUCCAACCCAGAUCACCAUGAAGGUCAUCCAAGGUCUGUACAAUGGGGUCACCACAGUGGAGCUGGACACGCUGGCUGCAGAGAUCGCUGCCACACUCACCACCAAACACCCAGACUAUGCCAUCCUGGCUGCCCGCAUCGCAGUCUCCAACCUGCACAAGGAGACCAAGAAGGUUUUCAGCGAUGUGGUGGAGGAUCUAUACAACUAUGUCAACCCGCUAAACAAACGGCACUCUCCCAUGGUCGCCAAGGAAACACUCGACAUUGUCCUAGAAAACAAGGACCGCCUCAACUCGGCCAUUAUCUUUGACCGGGACUUCUCCUAUAACUUCUUUGGAUUCAAGACACUUGAGCGGUCCUAUUUGCUGAAAAUUGAUGGGAAAGUUGCUGAGCGACCACAGCACAUGCUCAUGAGGGUGGCAGUUGGGAUUCAUAAGACUGACAUUGAUGCUGCCAUCGAGACUUACAACCUGCUGUCAGAGAAGUGGUUCACCCACGCUUCCCCCACACUCUUCAAUGCUGGCACCAACCGCCCACAGCUGUCUAGCUGUUUCCUGCUGGCCAUGAAGGACGACAGCAUCGAGGGCAUCUACGACACCCUGAAGCAGUGUGCCCUAAUCUCAAAAUCAGCAGGGGGCAUCGGAGUGGCAGUCAGCUGCAUCAGAGCCACGGGCAGCUACAUCGCUGGGACAAAUGGCAAUUCCAAUGGGCUUGUUCCCAUGCUCCGAGUGUACAACAACACAGCACGCUACGUGGACCAGGGAGGCAACAAGAGACCUGGUGCGUUUGCCAUGUACCUGGAGCCGUGGCACUUUGAUGUGUUUGACUUCUUGGACCUGAAGAAGAACACGGGGAAGGAAGAGCAGAGGGCCAGAGAUCUGUUCUACGCCAUGUGGAUCCCUGACCUCUUUAUGAAGAGAGUGGAGAGCAACCAGGACUGGUCCCUGAUGUGCCCCAGUGACUGCCCUGGACUGGACGAGUGCUGGGGGGAGGAGUUUGAGAAUCUCUAUACCAGGUAUGAGCAAGAGGGUCGUGUGAAGCGGGUGGUAAAGGCCCAACAGGUGUGGCACGCCAUCAUUGAGUCCCAGACUGAGACGGGCACCCCCUACAUGCUCUACAAGGACGCCUGCAACAGGAAAAGUAACCAUCAGAACCUGGGAACCAUCAAGUCCAGUAACCUCUGUACCGAGAUUGUAGAGUACACAAGCCAUGAUGAGGUGGCAGUGUGUAACCUGGCGUCAAUCGCCCUCAACAUGUACGUCACCCCAGAGAAAACAUUUGACUUCAACAAGCUGGCCUAUGUCACCAAGGUCAUCGUUAGGAACCUCAACAAGAUCAUCGAGAUCAACUACUACCCUGUGAUCGAGGCUGAGAACUCCAACAAGCGCCACAGGCCCAUUGGUAUUGGUGUCCAGGGUCUGGCUGAUGCCUUCAUUCUGAUGCGUUUCCCCUUUGAGAGUGCUGAGGCCCAAAAGCUCAACACUCAGAUAUUUGAGACCAUCUACUACGCUUCUCUGGAGUCCAGCUGUGAGCUGGCUGCUGAGCUUGGUCCCUACCAAACCUACCCAGGCUCCCCUGUCAGCAAAGGAAUCCUUCAGUAUGACAUGUGGGACAAAACCCCAACUGACCUGUGGGACUGGAAACUUCUCAAGGAAAAGAUUGCCAAGCAUGGUGUCAGGAACAGUUUGCUGCUGGCCCCUAUGCCCACCGCCUCCACAGCCCAGAUCCUGGGCAACAAUGAGUCCAUCGAGCCCUACACCAGUAACAUUUACACCCGCAGAGUCCUCUCUGGGGAGUUCCAGAUUGUGAACCCCCACCUGUUGAAGGACCUAACAGAGCGAGGGCUGUGGAACGAGGAGAUGAAAAACCAGCUGAUUGGUCAGAACGGAUCCAUCCAGGGCAUUGCUGAGAUCCCAGAUGACCUGAAGGAGCUGUAUAAGACUGUGUGGGAGAUCUCCCAGAAGACUAUUCUGAAGAUGGCUGCUGACCGCGGUGCCUUCAUAGACCAGAGCCAGUCCCUCAACAUCCACAUCGCUGAGCCCAACUACGGCAAGCUCACCAGCAUGCACUUCUACGGCUGGAAGCAGGGUCUGAAGACAGGCAUGUACUACCUGAGGACCAAGCCUGCAGCCAACCCCAUCCAGUUCACCUUGAACAAGGAGAAGCUGAAAGAGUCUCUGUCGGUUAAGAACGAGGAGGAGAUCAAGGAGCUCAACAGAGCCGCUAUGGUGUGUUCCCUGGAGAACCGUGACGACUGCCUGAUGUGUGGCUCUUAGACCGGCCCCUAACUCCCUCUCCUAUCCUCACUUUUAGUUAAUUAACUAUUGCGGUGGACCACUGAACUCCUUAAUAUCAUUGAACCCCACGCUGAUUGUCUUUAGGCCAGUUAAUGGCAUAUUUAUCUGCCCUGAUGUCAGAUCAUAGGCUCACGCUUGGGGUUUAUAGAUCAGGCUAUUAUGGUAUUUUUGUGGGCAUGCUACUGUAGCCUAAGUAGUGCUGUACAUGGUGCGCUUUUCUCUGCCUUAUCACAGAUUAUUAACUGUAGGCAGUCUUCUAUUUAUUGCUCUUGGGUACACUGUCUGCUUGAUUUGUAUAGAAUUCUGUGUUUAAAAAAAAAAAAAAUGAAAGUGUGAACUCUAUUGUUAGUAUGUAAAUCUAAGGAUUUCAUCAUUUGAAUUUCAUUCAAGAAGUUAACUUCAAUGGUGUAUUCUUUGUAUUUUACCUGUGGGGUGGGUGCUUUGUAAUUAAGUUUUGACAUUCAUGCAAUGUCCUGUGGUACUUAUGGUAAGGUAUACAGUACUUCAGUGACCAUUUUAGCAUGUAAAUGUUGGUGGGGCAAAAAAAAAA